AAGUCAGGAAUGACGAUUAUACAUAAUAGAUAGCUUUAUAGAGUUUGUCAUGUCCUGUUGUGUGAGAAAACUGCAUACUUCAUUCAUCAUUUUAUGGUUUUUUGACGUUUUUUCGCUCGCGAUCAAUGCGGACAGGUCGGAUCUUCAAAUAAACAAUGGUACGAAUACUGCUGAACGAAUGAUCGUGAACCUCAGCAAAAAGAAAAAGCCUUUUCAUUAUCCUUAUUUAUUAAUUACACGAUGGAUAACAAAAUAUUCAUAGAAAUUCCUUUUAAAGAUGAACGACUGGCUUCGAUCGCACAAAGAGUAAUGAAUGUAGAUCAAGAAUUAAAGACGGAUCAAGUCCAUCGUGUGAUAACAUACCAAGGCAACAUACUCCAGAUUCAAUUUGAAUGCUACAAUACAAAAAUGCUUCGUGUAGCGGUUAAUUCAUUUUUAGAGUAUUUAACGAUGGUGACGCGAACCAUGGAAGCUUUUGCUUGAUUGAAUCCAUCAAACGUCAAAAGUGAUACAAGAACAGUAUGCAUGUAAUUCCUCCUUUUUUCAUAUUAUAUACAAACUUGGUAAACAAACAACAUGCUUAAUGAAUUGGAAACGGACAAAGCGCUCUGAGCUUGG